CCCUUUUUGCAUGUUCGCAAUCAACUCCCAUUCGUCGUGCUGUUGGCGAUAGUGCUAUUGCUACAUUUUCGCAACUUGAUAGCAAUAUUACAUACACACAAUUAGAUAAUCUAAAUGUCAAAGCUGACGGAAAGUUGAAUAAGGGUAUCCUUAAUAAUGAUCCCGACAAUUACUUUAUAUCGGCUGGCGCUGCACGUGAAUCAUUCAGCCAAUUAGGAAUUAAAAUUUCAGUACCUGGAACCUUAAACUUCACUUUAGAAGGUCCUGGAGAUGUUGAAACGUUCAUUGGUUUAAAACUUUCAGUUCUUUACAACGAUAAUAUACUUGAUUCAGCAACAAUUACAAAAAACUAA